ACUGAUUCCUCCUUUGAACCAACUGGAGCUCCUGAGGAACCUGAAGAGCAAAUCUGGAUUGACUUUCAGGAAAGAGCCGCAGCCCGAGCCGUCUCCAAGGUCUCGUGUGGGCCAGUGUAGUCUUGGGCAGGGAGGGAGAGACGAGGUUUACGGCUGCAUCAAAAUGAAAGGCGGAGAGGCAGCCGAAGUCAGUCUCCCCGGAGAAGACAUUCCAGAUGACAACAAGAGCUGCAACUGUGAAUUUGUGACAGAAGAUCUGACGCCGGGCCUCAAAGUCAGCAUCAGGGCUGUUUGCAUCAUGAGGUUUCUGGUUUCCAAGCGGAAGUUCAAGGAGAGCCUGCGGCCCUACGAUGUGAUGGACGUCAUCGAGCAGUAUUCCGCAGGACAUCUGGAUAUGCUCUCCCGGAUCAAGAACCUCCAGUCCAGGAUAGAUAUGAUUGUGGGUCCCCCGCCCCCUUCAACUCCCCGGCAUAAGAAGUAUCCAACCAAAGGAAUUCCUCCUAAAGAAUCGCCCCAGUACUCGCCUAGAGUUGACCAGAUUGUCGGUCGAGGGCCAUCGAUGACUGAUAAGGACCGGACCAAAGGACCAACUGAAGGAGAGCUCCCUGAAGAUCCAAGUAUGAUGGGCAGACUUGGGAAGGUGGAAAAGCAGGUGCAGUCCAUGGAGAAGAAGUUGGACUUCUUGGUCAACAUCUAUAUGCAACGCAUGGGGAUCCCACCCACGGAAACAGAAGCCUACUUUGGAUCCAAAGAACCUGAUCCAGCACCGCCAUACCACAGUCCGGACGACAGCCGGGAGCACAUUGACAAAAACGGGUGCAUUAUCAAGAUAAUUCGCUCCACCAGUUCCAUGGGACAGAAGAAUUUCUCUGCGCCACCAGCCACCACGGUGCCAAACAAUUCGUGCCACCCUUCCACUUCGUGGCAGACGUACCAGCGGCGAAGCCACAGCACUUCUCCGGUUGGUGAUCCCGGUUCUUUGGUGAGGAUCCCACCGCCCCCUUCACAUGAGCGUUCCUUGUCAGCCUACAGUGGUGGGAACAGGGCCAGUGCUGAGUACGGAAGGAACGAAGACGUUACUGCGAAACACCCCGAGAGUGCCCUGAGAGACAGUGACACCUCCAUUUCUAUCCCAUCCGUUGAUCAUGAGGAACUGGAGCGUUCCUUCAGUGGAUUCAGCAUUUCCCAGUCCAAAGAAAAUUUGGACGUCCUCAACAAUGGCUGCUACACAGCCGUGGCCAAAAUCAGACCCUAUAUUGCAGAAGGGGAGUCAGAUACGGAUUCUGACCUCUGCACCCCCUGCGGGCCUCCGCCAAGGUCGGCAACAGGUGAGGGACCUUUCAGUGACAUGGGGUGGUCAACUCCUAGACAGUGA